CUCUCUCUCUCUCUCUCUUUCAGUCUACUGUAUCUCAACGAGGCAUCCUGUGUCUUUCCUCCCUCCCUGUUGCCUUCCGCCCGUGCGCUGCCUCCCCUACUGACGUGCUCUUCUCCUCCCGCAGGCACCGCCGUUCUCCUGCAGGCACGAUGAGCUUCCUGAACGCCACGGCUACCAGCCUGCUGGCGGCGGACGCCGACCUCCGCUACAUCGACCUCCACUCUACCGCGGCCGUGAGCCUCGCCGACGACCUGAACGCGCUCCUCAGCACCCUGGCGGACGACGUGGAGACCACCGCUCAGGCGCUGACGGAGGGCGACUACCUGGACGACCUGGCAACCUCCAACGAGACCGACGAAUGCAUGAAGACGUACAACAACAUCAGCACCACCGAGCCAUCGCUCCUCAGGUUCAUCCUCUACGGCGUCCUGCUGACGACCGUCGGCCUCCUGGGCCUCGCCGGCAACCUCAUCUCCAUCACCAUCCUGUCCAGGCCCAAGAUGCGCUCGUCCAUCAACUGCUGCCUCAUCGGCCUCACGUCCUUCGACAUGAUCGUGACGACGACGUCCGUGCUGCUGUUCGGGCUGCCGGAGAUCAGCGAGUACACGUACACCAUGGUGUGGUACACGAGCGGCGUCUACCAGAGGGUCACGCCCUUCGUCUACCCGCUGGGGCUCAUCGCGCAGACGGGCUCCGUCUACCUGACGGUGACGGUGACGGUGGAGCGCUACGUGGCUGUCUGCCGGCCGCUGCGGGCGCGCUCGCUGUGCACGUACGGCCGCGCCAAGAUGUACGUGCUCUCCGUCGUGCUCUUCUCCGUGCUCUACAACCUGCCGCGCUUCUGGGAGGUGUCGUACAAGGUGUGCGAGUUCGAGGACAUCUCCUUCGUGAUCGUGGUGCCCUCACAGCUCCGCCAGAACGAUUACUACAAGCAGGUGUACAUCAUGUGGAUGUACCUCCUCAUCAUGUACCUCAUCCCGUUCCUGAGCCUCAUGAUCUUCAACACGUUUAUCUACAGGGAGGUCCGCGCCGCCAACCAGGAGCGGCAGCGGCUGAGCCGGCUGGAGAAGAAGGAGAUCGGGCUGGCGGUGAUGCUGCUGGUGGUGGUGACGGUGUUCUUCGUGUGCAACGUCCUCGCCUUCAUCAUCAACGUGCUCGAGCUCCUGGACAUCGCCAUCGACGAGCUGACCAUCUCGAGCAACCUGCUCGUCACCGUCAACUCGUCCGUCAACUUCAUCAUCUACUGCAUCUUCGGCCAGAAGUUCCGGAAGCUGUUCCUCAAGAUGUUCUGCUCGCGCAUCCUGGCGGCGUCGGCGGCGCGCGACACGGCCAUGGCCGAGUCGGGCGCCUUCGCCAACAACACGGUAUUCGGCGAAUCGCGGCUCCUCACCAACGGCCGCUCUACGCACACCUUCCGCCUCACGUCGUGGAACGGCUCGCACCAGGGCCGCCUCCUGCAGGGCCACGGCGGGGGGCCCGGCGCCCACGCUAUGUCCUGCACGUCCCCCUGGCGCCCCUCCAAGUACCCCGGCGCCACCUUCGACGACCCUUCGGCGCCCUCCACCAUCGCCACCUCGUCCUUCAACGACGCCCGGAGUCCCGACGGCAGCCGCACUCUCCUCGCCUCCAAACAACCGCUCUACCUCCAGACAGUGUACGAGUCAGCUGAGGAAAAGAGGGACAACAGCUGACAGCAGCUGGAAGGGGCAACAGCAGCGAGACACAUCAGCUGACCGUGGAAGUGCCAACGCUAUUGAGGAAACACAAUAUGCCUCGUCAUUCCUGCAAAAUACACUGUAAAGAUAUUAAUGAUAAUAAAGAAACAAAUAUAGCAAAAUGGAAGUGAAAACAGAACUAGAUUAAGAUUGGAAAACAGACUGGAAACAAUGAGAGGAAAGGUUGUUAUGGAAAUUAGAAAGCAUUACGAAAUGCAGUCAUGUUGACAGGACAGGAAGAAAACAAAAGGGGAGAGGGUUAACUGCAAUAAAAACCGAUGCUACAAUCAAAGCUGAAGAAGUGGGAGAAUGGAAACCUAAAUGUGAUUCAGUGUUAUUGUAUUUUGCGAAUGGUUGUUGCCAAGAUCGCUUCGCAAAGCCUGUGAUGAAAACAAACACUGUGAUGAGUUGGCCUGACCUUGAUGGCCGUUGCUCAGGCUGGCAGCCGACUCCCGGAAGCCGAGAGAAGAAAAUGUGUAACUUGUAUACGAAAUUCUCUUUGAUUGUUACACGAGUGUCUGAAUGUCCUAUGUGUUGUCUAUGUAGAGGGGUUCCUCUUGGCAGUUCGGUCAGAGAAAUGUCUCUGACGUCAGGUCGAACCACGGACGCUUAACUGGCACCGCUUCGUCAACACUGCCUACACGGACAGUGCCACAGAGUGCCUGGCAGCUGAGGAGAGCUAGAGUGUUCCAUGGGCAGAGAAAGACCCAUGGCCCUUUCCUACCUACUUCCUACGUCCUUGCGUCCGCUUCUUCCGACGGAGUCCUUCCAGAACCCACCGCUUUGGCUUCCGCGCUUGGACCGGGUGCUUGGGGGAGACACCCGCGACCAGCGCGGCCUCGACCCGCUUCGCCGACGACCCUUUCAAUGUGACCUCGAACCAGUCCUUUGCCGUGACCCUUCCUUACUUCCCGGCAAACACCAAUA